GAUGCUUUCUUGCGAGGAAGAGGCAAAGCUCCCGCCCAGUGUGAUGAUCAGGCAAGGCGAAGAACUGAGCGACUUCUUUAUGCACCACAACGCGUGACACUUACCCUUUUCCCCUCCAACGCAUCUCAGACAACCACUCAGUUGCACCCCCAAGAAACUAGAGACGAUUUCAGAACCAUGACCAGCGGCGGCGGCAGCAGUAGCAACAACCGGGUGUGCCAUUUCAAGCUUGUCCUUCUGGGCGACACAGCAGUUGGCAAAUCAUGCUUGGUUGUCCGCUUCGUCCGAGAUGAAUUUUUUGAAUACCAGGAACCUACCAUUGGUGCAGCUUUCCUUACGCAAGCUGUAGUACUGGAAGAUUCCACAGUUAAAUUCGAAAUAUGGGACACAGCUGGCCAAGAACGUUACCGGUCGCUAGCCCCCAUGUACUACAGAGGAGCUUCGGCGGCUAUUGUCGUUUAUGACAUCACCAAUGCGGAGAGCUUCAAAGGUGCCAAAUCGUGGGUCAAAGAGCUACAAAGGCGGGGAGAUCCCAGCGUAAUCAUCGCUCUGGCAGGAAAUAAGGCAGAUCUGGCGGGGACGCGUAGGAAGGUUGAUUUAAAGGACGCUGAGGAAUACGCCCGAGAGAAUGGCUUACUGCAUUUCGAAACCAGCGCAAAAGAUGCUCAAAAUGUCAAAACCCUUUUUGUUGAGAUCGCGAAGCGAUUGCCCAAGGCUGUUGCACCCGUGGAGCGGGAGGCUUUUCCUAUUGUGGCCCCGAAAGCAUCAAAACGGUCGUGUUGCUGAGAGAAAGUGAGGCACAUGCGAGGGUCGGCAGGGUGGUUGUCCAUAGGCUCGUUUAAGGCGAUGAUCAAGACAGUGGAAGCGCAGGGAUUGAUAAGUGUACGUCAGAGUGCUGAGCACGGUAGUAGCUCCUCGCUUUUUUUGGCGGAAGCUUACAGGUGAAUUUGGGGAGCGGCACGAGUAUAAGCAAUGUAAAUCAUGGUAGGAAGGAGAGAUGGUGGAGAAAUGGAGAGACGGGGUUCACAGCAAGGAAAGAUUAAAUGGACAGGUAGAUCACUAAUAUCAGAGAGAUCUUGAAGCGCAUCGCAAAGAUAAGUGAAUUGUUGUGAUCGCACGUAAAAUUGGGUCAAAUACAUGCGCCCGAUGGGCUCUCAUGGAGCUUCAUUUUGCAUGGGACUUUGAAUCACUUGAUUCCACGGCAAGUCUCCUGAUACGAUCACGACAAAGGUAGGAUUGUCAUGGUUGUGGUACUGCCAAGGUGUAAAAGUUGACUGUCCGCUCUUCUUUGCGUCUCCGGUCCAUUCCUUGCUGCCCCUCGAGCCAUCGACAUGCGAUGCUCCAUUUGCAGCUGUCGCUGCCUUGUUUCAAUAAUAUAGCACCGAGAAAUUUGAGAAGGCUGAGUCUACAAAGAAGGUACCUACUUCAGUCUUGAUCUAGCUUCCAGUGGUUGAAAACUUUCUAAACAAACCUGAGCAACAAAUCAAUGAAACCUCUGUAUACAUA